GGAACGAGGAGCGCGCGCGAGAGGCCUCCCCCUCCUCCCAGCCGGGACUGGCCCGCGCGCGCGCACACACACGUGCCCGCGCUCGCACCGCCCCGGAGCGCGAGACUCAGGGAGAGGAGGGGCGGGAGCAAAAGUUGCUGUGAGGGCGGGGUCGCGCCCGGAGUCGCCGCCGGGAGGGGGCGAGAGAGGAGCUGCCUGCGGGAGCCGCUGGGGACGGGAGAUUCACUGGAAAGAGAAUGAAAUAAACAUGGACUCUUCUAAACUGGAAUAUAUUUCAUGGAUCACAGUUAGAAGUAAAAAGAAGAUGGAAUGAAAUGAGAGAGCAGGAGUGUAAUGCCUGUCAAGAACUUUCCGUUUUUGUGAUAUACAUGACCUUGCAGUAUAAUACCACUGAUGAUUUAUAGUGAUACUUUAUUGAUAUCACUGGAAGAAGAAAUCAGUAACUGUGCAACUUGAUUAAUAAGAACUUUUAUUCUAAUACCUUUUAACACAUUUUAACCUUAACUGGACACUUAAAAAAAAAAAGUCUGAGUUAAAAUCUUUUAUAGCUGUCUAUUAACUGACAGACUGAUCCUGAUAGAUGGCUGACAGCUGCUCAUGGAAAAUGGACUUAAACCCAAGAAUGGUUACUAUUGCAUAGAGGUGAAUGGAAUGCCGUGACUUUGGAGCAGUUCUCUUAGAACCUUCUUCUUUGCCUUGCACCCAUCAUAUCCUUAAAUAUUUAAGUGUAAAUAUUACAGUUAUAAAGUCUAAAAAAUAAUGGCAUGGGUGAAAUUCUUAAGAAGACCUGGGGGAAACCUUGGAAAAGUUUAUCAGCCUGGAAGUAUACUGUCCCUGGCCCCUACAAAAGGCUUAUUAAAUGAACCAGGUCAAAACAGCUGCUUUCUUAAUAGUGCUGUUCAGGUAUUAUGGCAACUUGACAUAUUUCGACGAAGUUUAAGAGGUUUAACUGGACAUGUGUGUCAGGGAGAUGCGUGCAUAUUUUGUGCUUUAAAGGCAAUAUUUUCACAAUUUCAACACAGUCGAGAAAAAGCACUCCCAUCAGAUAAUAUGAGACAUGCCCUGGCAGAAAGCUUUAAAGAUGAACAGCGUUUCCAGCUUGGAUUCAUGGAUGAUGCAGCAGAAUGCUUUGAAAAUAUCCUUGAGAGGAUUCAUUUUCACCUUGUGCCAAACAGUGAAACAGAUAUGUGCACUUCAAAGUCCUGUAUUUCUCAUCAGAAGUUUGCUAUGACACUGUAUGAACAGUGUGUUUGUCGCAGUUGUGGAGCAUCAUCAGACCCAUUGCCUUUUACAGAAUUUGUGCGUUAUAUUUCUACCACAGCCCUGUGUAAUGAAGUAGAAAGAAUGAUGGAGAGGCAUGAACGUCUCAAGCCGGAAAUGUUUGCAGAGUUGCUGCAGGCAGCAAAUACUACUGAUGACUAUAGAAAUUGUCCUAGUAACUGUGGUCAAAAAAUAAAAAUUCGUCGUGUUCUUAUGAAUUGUCCUGAGAUUGUCACAAUCGGUUUAGUCUGGGAUUCAGAACACUCUGAUCUGACAGAAGAGGUUAUGCGGAAUCUGGCAACACAACUUUACCUUCCUGGGCUGUUCUAUAGGGUUACAGAUGAAAAUGCCAAAAACAGUGAACUUUUUCUUGUGGGAAUGAUUUGCUAUACGAGCCGACAUUACUGUGCCUUUGCCUUUCACACCAAGAGUUGCAAAUGGGUGCUGUUUGAUGAUGCUAAUGUAAAAGAGAUUGGAACAAAAUGGAAAGAUGUGGUCUCCAAGUGCAUUCGAUGUCACUUUCAGCCGUUGUUGCUAUUUUAUGCUAACCCGGAUGGCACAGCUGUAUCUCCAGAAGAUGCUCCAAAACAGAUUAUUCACUGGUCUCAAUGCAAAGCAGCAGGAGGAAAUGGGGAAGACUUGGGAUCUGAAAAACAUUCUGCUCCUAAAUCAGACCACAUGAAAGAGAAUGGAAUUGGAGACCCCACUAAUCAAAGGAGUAAUAAAAAACUUCAGCCAGAUAAUUCAGCAUUCAGUAGAAGUCAUAUUCAAGCUAGUGGUGGUAGAGGUCCAGCUAAGUUGGGUUAUGGUGAUCAAAAGGACAGGCUAAAGGACCUAUCCAGAGAGUGUGCUCAGAAAGCUGCUGAUAUGAAAAACUUCUCAUCUUUACGAAAAGAUGCAGACAAAGGACCAAGAAAAGAGUCUGGGAGACAAAGAGAUCUGAUUGGGGAAGAUCGUUCCAAUGUUAAAUCGGGGUCUCCUCCAGUUGGAAAUGGACUUAGACAAUGUGCUGAUCAGCGCAUAUACAGCAGCCAGGGCAGAGGCUCCUAUAAGCCUGACAAUGCACCUCACCAAGCAAAGCUUUCUGUACAGGUGCUUGGAUCGAAUAAAACAGAAGCUUUUCCUGCUGGGGAGAAACCAAUGAUCAGGACCCGGACUGAUGGUGUCACUGGCUACGAUACAGACACUAGUCAAGAAUCUAGGGACAAAGGAAGUAUCAUCAGCAGCAGAAGCAGAAGUAAAGGUUGGAAACCUAUGCGAGAGACACUAAAUGUAGACAGUAUUUUCAGUGAGACUGAGAAAAAGCAGCAUAGCCCAAAGCACAAGGCAAAUCUGAACAGUAAACCUAAACAUGAAAAGGAACGAAGCUUUAACCAUUGGCCAAAAGAGAACCAAAUUCAGAAAGGUUUAAUGACUAUAUAUGAAGAUGAAACAAAACAGGAUACAGGAAGUCGAAGUUCACUGGAUUCGGAGGGGAAAGGGAAUGCUGAAAAAAGCAAAGGAUUUACAGAGAGAAAAAUCCAUGGUGAUAACUGGCAGAUUCAGAGGACAGAAUCUGGAUAUGAAAGCAGUGAUCAUAUCAGCAAUGGAUCUGCAAACCCAGACUCACCUAUUAUUGAAGGAAUCAAUGCAGCAGAUGUCAAGAAUGUUAAAGAAAGUGCUUCCUGCAGCGAACAGAACUUGUCGACCAAAAAAGCUGACAAUGUGUUACAUUCAGUAUCCCAGCAGAACCGAAACUUCUAUGACUUGAAGAAAGACCAGAUAAAUUCAGAAGUUAACUACAGACCUCACGUUAAUUUCUCACCAGAAUUACAUUUGCAGGUGCCCAGUCCUCCAGUAAAGAGAGCUGAAAUGCCCGAGACCAAUAGGAAACUUUUCCCAUCAUCAAGUCUACAGCCAGUUCUUAAAGACAUUGUUAAGUCAGAAAGUAGGAACAAGGCAAACGAGCAGAAUUCUUCAGAGUGGCUUAAUCCAGACAAGUUUGAGAAGGUGAAUGUGUCAGUGUACUGUGCUGAUGGCGUACCCCACCCCUAUACAGAAAAUGUCUGUGGAAGGAAGCUGAUCAACAAUGACCUUCACUCAUCUUCCCAGCCACAGCCUCACCACGCAAGAACAUUUGGUCCCAAGGUGGGGUUGUCGCUUUGUGUGCCACAGAACCUGUCAGAAAGGCCCAUGGUGCUUCCCCCUCCCGGUGAACAUGCCAGGCACCCACUCCGAAGGGCAGAUGCUCUUUGGGUCCCCGAAGCAGUUUACCAGAAUAUUCCUCCCCCUUUACCACCAAAGAAAUAUGCUCUGAAUAUUUUGCCAGGAUCAGAAAACAACUCAGCAGCUGAUGUAAAAUCGACAGAGGUGUUGCAAAAUAAUCCAUUAAGGCAAACAGGUACACCUUUAAAAUCUGCAUCAGAAGCAAGUAUAUUUAUAAAUGAACAAAUGUUGAAAGAGCCAUUUCAAGGGAAUGAAUUGUUUGUUCAUAAAGCGGAUUCUCCACCUCGCUUAGCAGUUAAUGACUUUUGGACCGUGUCUGAAAACUUUUUGAAGAAAGGACCUCGUCAUACAGGACCAAGUGCUGGCUAUGUGGAUGGAAAUGAAAGUGUAUCCCUAACAACUUAUUUUUCAGUAGAUAGUUGUAUGACUGACACAUACAGGAUGAAAUAUCAUCAGAGACCCAAGCUGUAUUUUACGGAUAGUGGAAGCUUUCCCAAAGAAAAGCAUCCUCCACCAGCUGGAGUAGACCUGAGUGCUACAUACCAUGCUACUCUUGAGCCCAGGCACCCCACAUCCGAGCAAAGGUACAAGGCAAAUGUAGAAGGCAUACACUGCACUAGAUAGAUCCUUCAAAUAAUAAAAAACCUGGAUCAGACUUUGGCAUUUCAUGUAGUUUGUAAAUGGGCACAAACCUUGAAUGUCCGUGGGAUAAGUAGGUACCCAGUUGACUGUACUUUGCUUAGGAGUUGUGACUGUUUAUAUGAAUAUGCAAAUAGAGACAAACAGAGGAGAAGAGGUGCUAAACUUCUGGCUCUUUGAUUUGUUGCUCUAGUUGCCUUAAUGCUUACCUCUGUUACUUGGCUUGUCUUCUACAGUUUAUAUUAAAAAAGGUCCCUUUGGGUGUAUUCAUUUUACAGCAGUGGGAUCAACUAGAUGCUACUAAUUUUGUAAGAUUUCAUUAGUUACAGUUUAAAAAGUGUCCCUUCAGACUGUGGUCACUACAUACUUAGACUAACAAAAGGGAUAAACAUAUUACCAUAUAUAAUGCAGUCAAUAUAGCUAUAAUAGAGCAGCAUUUGUCCUGAUGGGUAGCAGGAGGCAGCAUUUUUAGCUGACUUCUCUGAGAGUGUGCUUUCAGAAACGUUUGUGUCUUUAAUACAGGUUUACUCAGAGAAUUUCUAACUCGUUAUUUGAAAAGCCUUAAUAUUUCUGUAAAAAUGGUUCUGCUUUGCAAGUGUUAAAUAAGAUUUUAAAAGGGAAUUCAAGUAAAUGGCAGUAGUACUGUCCUAGUGACAUGCCUACUCUAUGUUUGUAUACAUUUUUAAACUAACACAUUUAUCACAUUUGUUCACCCUAUAAGCUAUAUACUUUAACUUAUUAAAAUGCAAUUUAACGACAUAAGCUACAAACUGAUAGAGCAGAAUAGGAUGCUAAUUUUAAAAUACAGAGUUAUCAUGCAGCUAUGAAAGAUUCAUUUUGUAAGGUUUUAGGUAUAUUUAUUAUGUUCAGUUCUGAUUUAUUCUACAAUUGCAUGCAAAGUCAAUGCUGCUAUUUAUUGAACUUCCUGUCUCUUUUUCAGCUUGACAUUUUGAGCAAUGUUUAGUGGGGAUUGGACAUUUGAUUUUACUGACAACUUUCUUUCCUAUUUGAAGCAGUCCUACAUACCUUCUGUUUUAGCAGAUCAGGCUGACUGAACCUGCAGCCUUUCACACUGCAGUGUGCUGCGAAAAUAAGAGGUUCUUCUUUCUCUCUGCUCUGUCACUCUGCCCUGCAGUUUUGGCAGCUCUGGCAUUUACCAGGUCUUUUGUUAACCUGACUUAUUUCAGUAACAAAGAGGAGGAUUGGUUUGCUUUGGUUUGGUUAGUUCAAUCAGUGCACAGAACUCUCAGCACAUGGCCCAGUGGGGCCUGGGGAGAAAAAAAGGGUGAGCAGAAUUUUUCCCUCCUGGCAGCCCCAAGUGUUUGAAAUGACCCACUAUGUCUUGUGGCACCAGAGACCAGUCUUACUGUAACAUUAAACAAUGUGUAACUUAGAAUUAAUGUCAGCAAAGCCUCACGCAAUCUGAAAAGGCUAAAUUUUGCCAUUAUUUGUACUAAAGGGUUAACUUGGGGUGGUGCUGAUUACAUCUAAACAUCAAUGCCUUUUAGUCAUGAAAAUAAUGCAAGAAGGUUUAAUAUGCAUAAUAAACACUCUUGCUUAUACUUGCACUGUCAGUCAGAAAGGCUUUUAUACAUUUAUAAACCUUAUGUGAGUUUUAGUGCUUCAACCAAAUGUUGACAAUUGCUUAGCGUGAUUAUCCAAGGUAUACAUUUAAACAGUAGUUUUUGUUAUUCUGUGUCAAGGUCACUUUUAAAAAAAAUUCAUGUAGCUUACAGUAAAACUGGAACAUGAUAUAUGCAACAAAGCAGGUAUCUCAGAUUAAUCUCAUUUCUACCUUCCUGAUCAAAAUUUGUUGUAGCACUUGGAAAAAAAAAUGAUUCUAGAAUUUGUAGUGCAAAUAAUUAUGCAUGUUUAGGUAUGGCUGCUGGUAAACAGCAACUUACAGUUAUCCUUUUGUAAGAAAAUCAAUUGAAUACAGGAAAUGAACCCUGAAAAUGUAAGAACUUGGAAUAUUCCUAACUGUAAUAUUUUUGAGAUUUCAGAACCUGUAAAUUACACUUUUCUAGUUCAUCUAGCAAUGUUACGUAAAAUAUGUAGCCAGUUAAAUAAAACUGUCUUCUAAUACUUGUGUAAAAACAAAGACUAUUGGAAUUUGUAAAUAAUGUAUAAUUUGUAAAAUAUUUUGCAAAAAUAUUGUAUUUGAAAUGACAGUAUUUUUAUGUAUGAAUAGCACAGCAACAACUGUGAAUGAUGUUAAAACACUUAUUUUUAAAAACGCAUAGCAAUGUUGAUAAUUCUGUACAAUAAGCAAUAUGAAUGCCUAUUAUUACUGACGAAUUUGGCUUCCAGUAAGCACAACUGAUAAACUUAUUUUUAAAAUAGCUCUAGUAAUUUAGAUGUACUUCAGUCGCCUUGCUUUGCUUGAAGCAAUCUUACCAGACAACUUUCUAUGUGACCCAUGUUUACCAGGUAUUUAAUUAUAAUAGUAAAUAGACGGCUAAUCAAGGCACCUUUGUUUUUAUAUUUGACUCUGCACUCCAUGUAUGUAAUAUUUGCUAACUAAUAUGUGAUAACUUGUUUUAACUUACCUAGGGUGCCUAUUUAUUUUUUUAUAAAUGUCCCCUUCUUGCUAUAGAUUUGUAUAAGAGCCUAGACAAUUUUUGUAACAGUAAAUACAUUAACAAGUCUUGUAAUUAAUAUAUUUUUCAGUCUUUAGAAUUAUUUUCUUGCAAACUCCUGCUUGUUCAAACUAUCAGAUAAAAAUUUAAAGUAUC